AUGAGCAAUAUUUUUUCAGCAUAUUCAGCAAAAACUAUUUCUGUUGAAACUUCAUCGAUAUCUGCAGCUAUUGAUUUAAAAAAGACGAAAGGUACAUCAAGUUUCGGUAAACGCCGGAAUAAGACACAUACAUUGUGUAGACGAUGUGGAAGGUCGUCCUAUCACAUUCAGAAGUCUCAAUGUGCUCAAUGCGGAUACCCUGCAGCUAAACUGCGUUCCUACCACUGGUCAGUUAAGGCCAAGCGCAGGAAGACCACAGGAACUGGUCGCAUGCGUCACCUUAAGAUCGUAAGAAGGCGUUUCCGUAACGGCUUCAAGGAAGGAAAACCCACCCCCAAGAAAGCUGUUGCCUCAUCGUAG